GAUUCUGGUAUUCGGAGUAUCAGUGUAUGAUGCAUAUGGGGAUCGAGGCAAGUUAAAGAUUUUGGAUAUUUUGCUGGAUUCCAAUUUCAUUUGGAUUCCGAAACGAGCGAGCAAAUUAAAACUUUCUUGUCAGAGAUACAUCAAAAAAAAAACUUUCUUGUCAGAGAAAAUAGUAUGGUGUGGGAAAUGGCUGGCGGAGGCGCAUGCUUGAAGAAAGAACGGUGGAUUGGACUAAGUUGUACUGGGAGCCAAAGUUGUUGUCGUGGGGAUCAUUUCUGCCUGAAAAAGGAGCUGCUGUCCAGGUCGAUGAUGGAGAGGAAUAUCUUAAAAAAGGAAGAAAAUCCUUUGAUAACGACAUUGAAGAUAUGGGUGUCUGUCAUCUGAAAGCUUUGGGUUCCAACUCCCUGUCUGAUGCGGCAAACGGGGAAAUUGCCUUGUAUGGGAUUCCAUCCCAUUCCCAAAUGAAGCUAGGGGAACACAACUUGAAGAAGUCCCAUGUAUUUGGACAAGAACUUCAUCUAUGAUCUACCCACCAUAGGAGUGCUAACGUUCACUUGGUGUGGGGUGGAAUAUAUAAACACUCUUUUUAUUAUUAUUUUUUAAUUAAAUUUUUUUAAAUUG